AUGGCCGACAGCGACCCCACAAAGAGCGCCGACGUGGCUAUGAGAGGUCCCGAAGAAAUGCCCGAAACUGUCUCGCAAAACAAACUCGGCCUCCAGGGCGAGCAUGAGAUUGAUCAAUCCGAGCCCACAAAAGAAACAAAGACGAAAGCAGGGAAGAAGGUUAGGUUCAAGGAUGACCCGCCAAAGAUGGAUUCAAAAGAUAAGAAAUCUCGGAACAAAUGCAACCAAAAGGGAUCUGCGCCUACAAGUUACAACUUCAGUCUUUGGGAUGGAGAGACGAUCAAGAACUUGAAAAACUGCUUGAGUCAAGCGAAAGCCUCAUUGAAACGUGCCGAAACCAAAGUAAAAGAACUCGAAGACAAGAAGAAGGCGUUGCUCAAGGAACAAGAGGAUUUACGAACCGAGAUUGACAUAUUCAAGAAAAGCAUAAAAAGGAAGCGCUCGUUGGCCUUGUUUGUUGAUAUGCCUUGA